CGACAGUCGCCCGCGUGACGCGCACUCGAACGUACGCGCGUCAUCAAUCCAAAACCCUCGCGGACUACGAUACGGUGCAUACACUAUCGAAACUGGAAAAAUAUUACACAUGCAAGAGCGGUAACGGGAAUUUAAACUCAGGGAUAUCAAAACAAACUUCUACAUGCUCUUUAAAAACAAAUUCAAAAGAUAAAACAAAAGUGAUAACCCCAAGCGGAGGAGAUAAAUAAAAGCCGUCUAGGCAACGAUAGAGGCAAGUUGGGCGCGUGGGCGCAGUGAGCGUUUGGGCGCGUUGGGCGCAGGGCGCAGCGUGUGAUGCGCGCGAGUGUCGGCUAGCCGAGAACGCCCAGGCAGCGCCGUGCCGCCCUCAGAACUACCGGCCAUGGCGACCGAGACCGCGAGUGUCGCAUAUUACAGCGCCGGUGACCGUGUGUGCGCAGGCGGCGCCGCGGCCGAGCAGCAGUACUCGCUGCGCUGGAACGAUUUCCACUCCGCCAUGGUCUCCUCCUUCCGCCGGCUGCGGGACGAGGAGGACUUUGUCGACGUCACGCUCGCCUGUGCCGGCGCCACAUUCUCCGCACACAAGGUGGUACUGUCAGCGUGCAGUCCGUACUUCCGGCGGCUACUGAAAGCCAACCCCUGCCAACAUCCCAUUGUCAUCCUGCGGGACGUACACGACAAAGACAUGGAGAGCUUACUUAGGUUCAUGUACCAGGGCGAGGUACAUAUCGGGCAGGAGCAACUGAAAGAGUUCCUGCGUGCGGCACAGUUGCUUCAGGUACGCGGCCUCACCGAUGUACCGCCCCCUGCACCACUGCCCACACUCGACCAGAAGCCCUCACCGCAGUCCGCUUCAUCGUGGACGGAGGGCAGUGCGUCACGCGAGGGACGGGAUAUUCGCGAGGGUCGCGAGGGACGAGAGGGCCGUGAAGGGCGGGAGGGAAGAGAGGGCCGGAGGUCUCGUCGCGCGGAGGAGGGAGCUGCCAGCACGCCUCCACCGAAAAGGGCGCGAUCCUCCGACCUGUACCAGGCGCAGAUGAAAACCAGGUGUAGGACGGAGCAGCUGCUGGCUCAGGCGAGCCCCGAGGCGCUUGCCAACGGGCACGAGCUCGCGCUGUUCGGGCACGCGCUCGACGCGCACGCCCCACCAGCUCCGCACCUCUCCGCGCUCAGUAACAACCUGUCCGGUUCCGGCGAGGGGGAAGGUGAAGGGGAGGAGUCGUCGUCGGACGCGGGCGCAAGCGACACUGAAGGCGAACCACGCGCUAAGCAGGAGCCCAUCGACUACGACGACCCCGCCGCGCUCGCACACACCAACGGCGCCCUCCCUCACAACUUCCCCGGACUGCUCAACUUGCAAGGAUUUGCCGGCCUGCCUGGACCAUCGGGAAUGCCGGACAAUUUCGGUGGCUGCAGACGGACUCAGGACUUGCUGCGUGUGCGCGCGACCGACCCCCGCCCCUGCCCCAAGUGCGGCAAGAUCUACCGCUCCGCCCACACGCUGCGCACACAUCUAGAAGACAAACACACCGUCUGCCCUGGCUAUAGAUGCGUGCUGUGUGGCACGGUGGCCAAGUCGCGCAACUCGCUGCAUUCACACAUGUCGCGGCAGCACCGCGGCAUCUCCACCAAGGACCUGCCCGUGCUGCAGAUGCCCACCCGCUUCGAUCCCGAGCUCGCCAGCCAGUUGCUAGCGAAAGCGGGCGUAAAGGUGUCGCCGGAGCAACUGAGGGCGCGCGCGUCGCCGACUGGCCCGCGCCGCUCCGAUAUCAAGCUGGACGCCAAGUCGGCCGCCUCGGAGACCAGCUCGCUGUGCGGCGGCGACGAGCCUGACGAGCUCAGCCAGUCGCGCUACCAGGACACCAUGACCGGCUCGCCGCCGCACAUCAACAACCUGACCAACACGACGAUAACGAAGGUGCCGGCGGUGCGCGCGGUGACGGCCAAGGCGGUGGAGAGCUUGCCGCACGGCAUGGCCGGCCUCAAGCACGACGACUACCCGCCCGGCUUCGGCGGCGGCUCCGCCAUACUCGACACCUACCUGCAGUACAUCGGCGAGAACGUGUUUGGAAUGAACGCAGCGAAACUGGCUCAGAUGAACGCGAUGCACAUGGAGAGGAAGACGUACGACGAGCCCUCGCCGCAGAUGGGCUCGCUGCCGCCGCCGCCCACCACGCUCGCCCACCAGCGCUUCCUCAAGCAGAUGCAGCGCCAGUACACCGAGCACAUGAGCAAGCCGGACAUCAUGCGCGACGUCGACGAGCCCCUCGACCUCGGCAAGGAGCGCCAGCGGAACGACAGCAUCAGCGACGUCGACGCCGAUAAGCAGGAGGUGGAGAAGGAGAUGAGCAAGGAUUAUUAUAGCAAAAGCUACAAUGAAGAGGAGAGGAACAGAGUGAACAGCUCGGAGAGGGAGCACGAGGCCAGCGGCCAGGAGGAGGGGGACUACUCGGAGGACGAGAACAAAGCCCCCUCUUCAUGAAAUGGCGAGUCGACCGCCGACAAGUAGAAAGAGAGCGCUAUACAGUUGUAGGACAAUAUUUAGAUGACAGUCCACGCGCGGUGCUCGAGUGUUGUUAUGUCAUUAGCUGAUUCGUUUUAAUGGUUUCGUUGUUGACCCGUGGAAUGUCCUUGGUGCCAUUAACCAUGUUAUGUAUAUUAAAUAUAGAAUUAUAACGUUUCGAUCCUGUACCGGUCGCUGUUCGGCCAUACGAGUCCCCAGACUGUGCAGAUAGAAUGUUGUGCAUUUAAAACGUUUGUAAUAUUGCAGAUACCUGUAAGUGCAAAUUAGACGUCUGAGAAAACGAUUUAAAGUAUGAACCUUAGUACAGAAGACUUAGUGUAGGUCUAACGUUGACUGCAAAAAUAUUGUAAGAGGAAAGGUUUGCCUGCUCCAGAGAGACAGGUUUGCGUCGUAGCGAGAUUGGAGAUUGCGUUUGUCCCUUGUGAUACCGCGCGCCACGCCCCACGGCCCCGCGGCCCCUCGGCCCCACGGCCCCUCGGCCCCACGGCCCCACGGCCCCGCGACCCCGCGCCGGUCACACUUAGUAGAUAUUGUUAGCGAGUAGUGAUUUUGUAUCGUUUAUGUAAAGGUCCCGGUCACAAAGUAGGACCUGUUACAUAGUAAUUCCAUCCAACUACCUCAGCAUUCGGGCCGAUGCGGCGACGUUAUUAAUAAAAUAAAUCCACACAAAUUGUGAAAUUCCAUCCAUCUACCUCACUUCAAUAGAUUUUAUUUAAUAUUUUAUACAAUUUAUAGAUAUAAUAACUGUUGUUUUAUGCAUUUUGCAGAUUGCAUUUAUAUAUACUAUAUAGAGUAUAUUGUAGGUAAAUAUUAUGCAAGUCAUUAGGUGAACGUUAGUGCUGCCCGUAGACACGUGUUUAAUAUUAUUUGUAUAGAGUACGCACUCGAUAGCGGGACGUUAGACUGUGUCACGACCGUAGCGGGUAACAUGACCUCUUGUAUCGGAAGCACUCUAAUAUAAGUCAAAAUAUCUUGUAUACGAACAAAAUACAGAGCUUAAAACGUACUAAUACUAUUUACACAAUUCGAUUUCGUGCCGUUUGAGUAACAUACAUAGUCAUUCAAACGACCCGCGCGAGUAUUUUAAUAUUGUUACGACCACCUUGAGACUGAACGAUAUUUUUCGUCUCGGUUACGGUUUUAAUGAAAGAAACUCGUGAAAGUUCAAAUAGAUUGUUAUAUCGCAAUACGUAUGGCAUAAUAUUACGUUGUAUAUAAACUGUGGUGAUAUGUAAAGUACAUAAUAAUGAACAAAAGCAAUAAAUAAAGUAUACCUUGAUGUUGCCUUGGAAGUUGUGUAAAUAUAAUGUGGGUAGUUUGUUAAGCCGAUUGUUCCGCGGUCAGAUGAACCUUGUACUAGAAAGCGAGAAAGUUGAUUUUAUAGUAAUGAUGUGGGCUCGUUACUUAAAUAACGAUUACUGUGAUCACAAUCUCAUAUUAGCCUUCGAUACUUAUACAUAUUUUUUAGAGUACAAUGUUAUAGUUAUUUAGUAUGUGGUAAGAAUACAUCGUAAGCGAGUCACAAAAAUAUUUACUUCCCGAUUAGAAAUCACGUUAUUUAAGAAAUUAGAUCAAUAGGAAGCAUUUAAUCUUUUAUAUGAGAAUAAUGGUACGUUUUGGAAUUUAUUGAGUGGCCACACCGCGCCUUGCCGGCUGUCAAAUGUGACAGUUGCCGGCUGUCAAACGUAACAGUUGCCGCCUGGCGCUCGGAGUGUGCGGAUGCGAGAAGACGAGAGAUAAUAUUUUAGCUCGGUUUUAAGUGCUACGGGUUGAUUGAUUUUAAUUUCGUUUAGUGUGUUAGUGAGAUUUGACUAAUUGAGUCGGAUCGGUUUGCGAAUGCAUAACCUUGUUGACAGUUAACAGUGUUGCCAUAGUGAGUAAUUAUUUUUGACUGUAUAUAAAUAAGUUUUAAUUGUUUAGAGAACGGUGUGCUUAAUCCGCGAUUUUGUUGUGGGUUGUUUUAUUUAGUUUAAAAUAUUCAGCGAUAUUGAAGCGACUAUAGGUGUCGUUGCACGCUACACUUUACAAUAGUCAGUUACCAGAAAAAUAUGUUUAAGUAAAUAGCCAUAUAUUUUUUCAAAUACACUUUUGCAUGCUACAAGUUGAAUAUAAUGCAUGCAUGCACGAGUUACGUCGACGAAUGGUUAGAGGCUAUUAUAAGAAAUCAGAAAGGUCUUUCGGAAUAAAUAUUUCUCAAGAAACACACGACACGACGGAAGAGAUCUAAUAUUUUCAUAUUAUAAUUAUUGCUGAAUUGAUUGUCUGUAAAAACUGUUCGACGUAGCUCCGUGCCCAUUGCAGUAUUGUUGAGAGUACUUAAAUAUAUACCAGUGGAUAUAAUAAUUAGGACUUUAAGUCGAUUAUAAAUGAUUAUGCUCUUUUUAUUAUGUAUAAACUACAUUUAGUUACCUUAUGGACUUUGGAAGUUCCGUAUUAGUGUUUUCUUUUUAUAUUUAGUUGUACUACUUUACCUCAUUAGCUGUUCUUGUACUCAUUAUUGAUAAUUAUUUGUUUAAACGUUCCCCGAAAGACUUCACAUAUAUCGUUAUAUAUUUUACUGUAAUACAACCUAGCCGUUUAACGAAUAGGUUGAAGAAAUAUUUUUAGUAGAAGUAAAUCAUUGAAAUCAAGCACAAAACUUAUUUUUUAUGUAAGAUAUCCGUUAUGAAACAAAGGUGUAUUUAUUAAUAAGAAAAACUAUAUUUAGGUUACAGCAGAAGAAAUAUCGUAUAUCGUAAAAAAUGUAUAAAAAUAUGACACUACUUCUUUCGAGGGACGAAUGUAUAAUAAUGUUUAUUUCUUGAGAUUAAUACGAGACUAUUUACACGCGACUACACAAAUAACUUUUAUCUUUACAGUAAA